ACAACAUGGGAAGAUGUGAAACAGGAGUUACUGGAGAAGGGUCUUUCAUCUGAGACAGUGGACCUUAUUGGUCACUAUAUGCAAGUUGCAGGUGGAGCUGAGGUUCUAGAUAAGCUAGAGUCAGAUCCGCGAUUCACUUUUGAUGAUAAGCAGCGGCCUGAAGCUACAGCGUCUGCGCCACAACGUCCUCCAAGCUCUAAGAAGAAAUCCAAGAAGGGAGGUAAACAAGAGGAGGCAGGGGCGGAAGAAGAUUCCGGUUCCGUGGAAGGUGCAGUUGGUAGUGUAGCUGGAGGUGGUCGCUAUGAUAACCUGGUUACCCUCUUCACUCCUAACUCGCCCAAGGUGCCCUGCGUAGGUGUGAGCUUCGGCAUUGAGCGUCUCCUGGCUAUCUCAGAGGUGUUGGCUCGUCGACGUACUGCAAUCGGUGAUACUAGCGACUCCACUACUAUGCGGGCCACUGAGACUGAAGUAAUGGUCAUAGUUGCACACAAAGGGCUCAUAGCACCUCGCCUUCAACUGGCUCAGGAGCUAUGGGAUGCCAAGAUUAAGACAGCCUUUUCGCACAAGAAUCAGCCGAAGCUGCUGGACCAAUUGCAGUACUGCGAAAGUACGGGUAUCCCGUUGGCGGUGCUGAUCGGGGAAGCGGAACUACAGCGCGGUGUAGUCAAACUGCGGUGCGUCAGUACGCGAAAGGAGCGCGAAGUGGGACGCGCAGAUCUACCCGCCGCCAUUCGCGAGGAGUUGGAGGCUCUUCGUGGAGGAGCACGGCAGUGA